GGGGAAUAAAGUAACGAGUUCCACAACACUUCUAAGGUUAAGAGGGGAGUUAUGAAUAACCCUAACCCGAUCGGGCAAGACCUCCAUUGUCCAUGACUUUACUCCAUCGUCCUUUCCCAAAUACGCAUCACUUGCUGUCACCUCGUUCUCAACGCAACGUCCACCCUCAUCGCGCGAAAAGCUAUGGAACUGCAAGGCUCCUGCCAUUGCGGCAAAGCGUCCUUCACCUGCACAUCGCACACGCCUGUGCCGUACAUGCGUUGCUACUGGCUGAAACACUGAAGGUGACGGGUGAACAGCACAUAAAAGCUUAUCAGGCAAAUAAGCAGAAAGAGGAUGGGACCUCUGAAUUGAGUUCGCACCACCGCCACUUCUGCACCUUCUGCGGCUCCGCUCUCUGGGCCGCCGACGCCCGCUGGCCCACAUGGAUCUGGCCCUACGCCAGCGCAAUCGACACGCCGCUCCCGCAAGCGCUCAAAACAACACACAUCUUCCUCGCGUCCAAACCGGACUGGGUGCCUGUUGAGGCACAGGAGGGCGAUCUUACUUUUGAGGGGUAUCCGGAGGACUCGAUUGAGAGUACGCAUAAGAAGAAUGGGUGGUGGGUUGAGUGAUUGGUGUGAUGCCUGGCGUACUGUGAGGAUUGAAGUUUCGGUUUUGUUGGUGAAGAGUAUUGCCGUCUGUACAUGAACGCGAGCUGGAUUACGGUUUUGAUGCGGCUCUCGACUCUGCCCGGAUCCCCCAAAAUGACCAAGGAUUGCCCUCGGGGUCUAAACCUCGUCAGCAGAAGUCUGCCCCGAAUCCGUCACAUCCACCGGCGUGCUGUAUCCCAGCGCCAAGCUAGCCUGCACUGACGCGCGCAUCUCGUCCAGGAGAUGACGUUUCUUUUUUAGCGUUUUGUGGCGGAGGGGGGAUUCCCUUGGGCGGCCUAUGCCAGGAUGUGAGCAGACGAGUGGGGGGAAAAGACGAUAAGGUUACGUACCUCGCUUCUCGCCGAUACUAGC